CGCCGGGCCGACGACGGCCGGGGGCCGGCGAUGGAUCCUGCGCGAGGAACGGGAAUUAAAUAGCGCGUGACCCCCGAGGCGGGGCAAAUCUGGAUGCUUCCUUCCUUCCUUCCACCUCAACCCAUCCCCGACGCAGGCGCAGGCGGGCAGCCCCGCGACGUACGGUACGGGACCCCACACCACACCACACCACACCACACCACCACAAGCCCCCCCUCCGUCCUCGAUCCCCAAGCAGUCAGUCUCCCCUCCCCUCCUCCCGUUGGGCGUUGGGUGUUCGCGAGCCGCCGCCCGCCGUCCCCUCCAUUCCUCCCCGGAUUUGGUUGGUGCUCGCGGCUGCGGCCCGGGGAGUUUCUUGAUUCGGCGGGGAGCACCGCCGUCGCCGUGGGAGGGCGCCGCCGCUUCUGGCUGUCGUGACCUGACCCCUCGCCGCUGCAGCCUUUGUAGGUAGCUAUUAUUCCAGAGGUGAUUUCUCCGGAUUGACUUAGGGCAAAUCUGGUUCGUGAUCUCUAGUGCCAGAGGGAGCCACGGUUUUGCCUUUCGAUGUAUUAGAGCCAAGUGCUCAAGAUUUUGCAGUUCCGAUGGAGUCUAAGUGUGUGAAUGACCACGAUGCCUCGAUCGACCUGGAAAGUGGCAAUGCCACUGCAGUAAGCAACCACAGCAAUGGUGUGGAUGCCAGUUUUACAGUGGCGCAAGCAAGAACAGCACCUAACGGAUGUCCGAGGGAUGACAGAAAUCUGCACAUGGAUUGCUCCUCUCCCACUUCCGAUGCUGUUGCUAGAAGCGGAGACGACAGGAAGUCUGAGGGGGAGGAGAAGCUGGGCCUUCUCGACAGCUCAGGAGGGGAGAAGACGAAGAAGAAGCGAUCCAAAAAGCCGCCACGGCCGCCAAGGCCGCUGACACCUACGCCACUGGAUGUUUCUGACCAGAAGCUCCUCAAUGAGCUGAGUGAGCUCGCGGUGUUAAAACGGGCAAGGAUUGAGCGAAUGAAGGCUUUGAAGAAGAUGAAGAAUGCCAAGCAAGGGGCCUCGGGUGGCAAUUUGUGCCCCCUGAUCAUUACCAUCAUCUUCUGCAUCGUCAUACUCUGGCAAGGUUUCUUCUCGGGACAUGGGUCGGCGGUAAGUUUCCAUGGAUCGCCUGAAUCGGCGAUUAGGGCGCACAGCAGUCUGAUCUCCAUCAGGUUCUACAAGAACCAUUCCAAUGUGAGACCACCCAGUGAGAACACUGCAGCUCCUGAUAACGUAGAGACCGAUUCUGUUUUGAGGCUCGGGAAUCGUAACCAAGCGAGAAGGCUAGCUCGGUGAUCGCCCAUGGUGGAGGUGGUCACCGCCACACACCUGAAAAGCUCGCCACAUUUUGAAGCCUCACCUUGACGACCCGGGUUAUGUAAAUCUUCUCGAGCCCCCCCCCUGCUCCUUGGCUGCUGUAAAAAUGAAUGGACUCCUAGUGUGUUGUGCGCCUGGGUCGUACGCUAACUAGUGAAUCUGUUGGCCGUCGUGCCACACAGGCCAUGGCUCUUCUAGUGAAGAGAGCAAACGCAAGCAUGCAAGCUGUCUGUAUUCGUCUGAUUAUUUACAAUAAUAAAAGGUUUGCGCGCAAUAAUGAGAGAGCUAAUGUGAUCCA